GGCGUAAGCACUGCAGUCUCCUAAAUGAAAGACCGACGUUUGGAGGAAAGAUUUUUUUUUUCUGUCUAUUUUCAUCUAACAGUCAAUUUUUUCUUUGCUCUGGUACAUGCAUAUUUCUCUCAAGCAGGAUACUUCUCAAGCUGACUGGGCCCCGUUACUGAGGGCCCCUUUAACAAAACAGUUUUUCUUGACUUUGGUAAAUAGAAGUUAUUGGGAGGGGGAAAAAUGAACCAGGGGAGAUUUUUUUUUUUUGCUGCAUUCAGGCUUUUUCCAGAUGGUAAGGGUGUUUUCUAAGAAUCAUGCAGCGGGAACGAAACUGCUUACAACACAGUAGUGAUCUCAACAACUUCAAGUGAAUUUGUCUUAACAGGGACAUUCAGAUCAUGACACUGCUGACGGCUGGGAUGUUCCUGCUCUGAAAAUAGAUGAUGAUUUCCCAGGUCAUUGGCUAUGCUUCUAAUUAUUGAAAUCACAUGGUCUGCUGUAUAAGAAACCUUUUCAACACGCUGUGUUGAAUUACUAUGACGGCAGUUGUCAUUAGCAAUACAUUUUGGGAAAACUAUGUAAAGCAGCGGAUGGGGUCUUCUAAUUCUUCUGGGAAUUAUACUAUUUGUUGUCAUGGGCUUACAACAGAUACUUUUGAAUCAAUAAUGGAAAAACAUGAAACUGGCAUAGGGGAGCAUAAGGAAAAUAAUUUGAUUCCUUCACCAUGUAUUGAUCUUGGAGAUUCAAAUGGGUUUUUCGAAUUACAAGAAGGUCCUUCAAAAAAGAUUGAUGAAAAUGAUAACCUCAGUAUGGAAGCUGGACACAUUUCUUCGGACUCAAGUAUUGAAACAGAUGUGCAUAGCAGUGAUGAAAAUGAUGAGCAGUUUGUCAAAGGUACUGAACUUCCUUCAUAUACGGUGAAAGGAGAUUUAAACAAUGACAGCUUAUCACAAAAUGAAGUCCAUGAGGUCUGCAAACACAGAGAACAUUCUGGGGCUGAAAAUGUCCUGUUACACCCAGAGGAAGAAAAAAAUUAUAAUGAUACCAAUGGUGGUUGUGUGAUUAGCAGUAGUGAAAACAUCAUGGAAAAUCUUCACAUAAUGGACUUUAUUUCUGAAAAUGAUGCAUCAGGAGAAACAUGUAACUCUACAAAUAUUGAGGAAAUUGUUAGGCACGGCAAACAACUGCUGCAUUCUUCUUUAAUUGCACAACAACGAAGAAAAACAGAGGCUUCAAAGGAUGGACAUGAAAAACCUCUGUGUGAUUUGGUACUUGAUUGUCCUCCUUGUGGCCCACAUACAAAGUCUGAAACAGGCACCAAAGAUUUACCUCUGCCUCAACACUGCCCAGACGGAGAGUUAAAACAGAACAAUGGGGAUGGUCUUAUAAACCCAUUAAGCAAGAACUUAAAAAGUUUCUAUUUAUCAGAUGUUGUUCACUGCUUCCACCAUAAAGCCCAUGGAACUGUUCAUGAUAAAGUAAGACUUCGGAGAAAAAAGAAAUUAAGAGAAGACAUACACAGGUCAAGAGUUGACUCAAUGGUGCUGCUAAUCAUGAAACUGGAUCAGCUAGACCAAGACAUAGAAAAUGCUCUCCAUACUCAGCCUACGUGCAACAAACCAGAUAUCAGCCAGUCACUCCCUGCAAAGGAUACAGUGAAUGGAGCAGGGAGGGAACUUAUGGACCCACUAUGUCAUCUUCCUAGGACUUUCUCCCAAUUUGCCUUUUCUGAACGUGGAUUCCUUGGGCAGAUAUCAAGCUGUGGAGCUAAACCAAAGAUUGCAGCACUGCCAGCAAUUUCUGAAAAGGAGAGGGCUGAAAUCGAGGCCAAGGAAGCAUGUGACUGGCUACGGGCCGCGGGAUUCCCACAGUAUGCGCAGCUCUAUGAAGAUCUGCUUUUUCCUAUUAAUACCUCCUCUGUAAAGAAGGACCAUGACUUCUUGGACAGGGAUGCAAUCGAGGCACUGUGCAGGCGAUUGAAUACUUUAAACAAGUGUGCUGUGAUGAAACUAGAAAUUAGCCCAAAUAGGAAAAGGAGUGAAGAGUCUGAUGAAGAUGAACCCUGUGCAAUCAGUGGUAAAUGGACUUUUCAAAGGGACAGCAAGAGGUGGUCUCGACUGGAAGGAUUUGAAGUCUUUCCUCUUGGUCAAGGGCCAAAAGCGCUACUAUCUGACACACAGCAGCUGGCAAAUGCAACCAGCCAAGACAGUAUCCUCACGGACCUUAGUGAGCACCAAGAUGUAGUAUCAAUUACCAGUACCAGCAGUGAAAGUCCCAGAGCACACCUUCCUAGUGACGCCAGCACUACAAGAACGAAUUCUGUCACCAGCAUUUGUUCAUCUGGAAACUUUAUUGCAAACGAUGACUCAUUUGGGAGCCUUCCAUCACCAACAGAGCUUUCCAGUUUUAAUUUCACCUCAAAGGCUAACCAAAAAAACUCAAAGUCCAGAACAAAGAGCCUCCUUAAGAGGAUGGAAAGUCUGAAAAUCAAAAGCUCUAACAGUAAAAAGAAGUCGCAUUCCAAACUGGGUCUGAUUAUUAGUGAACCUAUCCUCCAAGAAGCAGCGGAUGAUGAUAAGCUAAAGCAACUUCAUUGUGUAGAAAUUUCUUCGCUUAAUGGCAAUCACAUCAAUGCACCCAAGGUGCGGAAAAGGAGCAUAUCAAACUCGACUCAGACUAGUAGCAGCAGUAGCCAAUCAGAGACGAGCAGUGCAGUAAGCACUCCCAGUCCUGUAACAAGGACAAGGAGCUUAAGUGCCUGCCAUAAAAGAGUAGGUAUGUACUUAGAGGGCUUUGACCCUUUCAAUCAGUCAACGUUUAGUGAUAUCCUAGAACAGAACUAUAAAAACCAGAGGACUUUUGGUGAGGACGCCGUGUUUUUUAUUCCUGAAGACCACAAACCUGGCACCUUUCCCAAGGCACUUUCAAAUGGCAAUUUGUCUCCUUCCGACAGUAGCACCUCUGUCAACUGGAGAAUCGGCAGUUUCCAUGGACAUGACAACCACAGCUUUACAAGGGAACAUAGCAUCAGCAGCUGCAAAAGUUCCGUCAGCGGCCAAAGACGCAGUUCUUGUUGUUCUGAAGGAAGCCGCUUGAGUAUUUAUGACAAUGUACCAGGCUCUCUUCUGUAUUCCAGUAGCAGCGACCUGGCUGAUCUUGAAAACGAAGACCUCUUUCCAGAACUUGAUGACAUUUUAUACCACGUGAAGGGGAUGCAAAGGAUUGUGAAUCAGUGGUCAGAGAAAUGUUAUGACGAAGGAGAUUCUGAUUCUGCUUUAGAUUCUGUGUCUCCCUGCCCUUCCUCCCCCAAGCAGAUACACUUGCAUAUUGACAAUGACUGCAAUGCUCUUAGUGAUCUUGAUAGCGCAGGAAAUUCAUUUAAUGAUUGUGAAGAAGCAACAGUAAUCCAGGCACGGAGAGACUCUGGAGUUGGUGCUUCUCUGACGCGAACGAACAGACACAAGUUCAGAUGGCACAGCUUCCAGAGUUCCCACCGUCCCAGUUUAAGGUCCGCUUCGUUGCAGAUUAACUGCCAGUCCGUGACUCAGAUCAACUUGCUGCAGAAGUAUUCACUCUUAAAGUUAACGGCUCUUCUGGAAAAAUAUACCCCUUCCAACAAGCACGGCUUCAGCUGGGCCGUGCCAAAAUUUAUGAAGCGCGUUAAAGUUCCAGACUACAGGGACCGAAAUGUGUUUGGCGUUCCUCUUGCAAUAAAUGUGCAGCGGACUGGUCAGCCAUUGCCACAAAGCAUUCAGCUGGCCAUGCGUUACCUACGUAGUCAGUGCUUGGAUCAGGUGGGGCUGUUUAGGAAAUCAGGCGUCAAGUCCAGGAUCCUGGCUUUGCGGGAAAUAAGUGAAAACAACUCUGACAGUUUGACCUACGAGGGACAGUCUGCGUAUAAUGUGGCGGACAUGUUAAAGCAGUACUUCAGGGACCUGCCGGAGCCACUUUUGACCAGCAAGCUUUCCGAAACUUUCCUGCAAAUCUACCAGUAUGUCCCCAAGGAGCAGCGCCUGCAGGCAAUCAAGGCGGCCAUUAUGCUGUUGCCUGACGAAAACAGGGAAGUCCUGCAAACUCUUUUAUAUUUCCUAAGUGAUGUUGCAGCAGCCGUAGAUGAAAACCAGAUGACCCCCACCAACCUCGCUGUGUGUCUGGCUCCCUCCUUGUUCCACCUCAACACCUUGAAAAGAGAGAACUCCUCUCCCAGGGUUAUGCACAGAAAGCAGAAUCUAGGAAAGCCUGAUCAGAAGGACCUGAAUGAAAACCUUGCUGCCACUCAGGGUUUGGCUCACAUGAUUGCAGAGUGCAAAAAACUUUUCCAGAUCCCUGAAGAAAUGAGCAAGUGCCGUAAUUCAUACAUGGAACAUGAGCUGAGGCCUGUGUGCCUGGAGGAGCUUGUUAAUGACAACGGAGAGGGACUGUGUGACUAUCAGUCUUACCUUCAAGAGAACAUUGACGUCUUACUCAAGGAUGCUAAAGACAAGUUCAAAGGCUGGGUUGGCUGUUCGACAUCAGAGCAAGCAGACCUGUCUUACAAAAAGGUGUGUGAAGGCCCUCCUCUUCGAUUAUGGAAAGCCACCAUUGACAUUCCUGCUCAGCCAGAAGAUAUUCUUCACCGUUUGCUGAAAGAGCAGCACUUGUGGGAUGAAGAUCUCCUGGAUUCCAAAGUUAUUGAGAGUUUGGAUGAGCAGACUGAUAUUUAUCAGUAUGUGCAAAAUUAUAUGGCACCCCAUCCGGCCAGGGACUUUGUUGUAUUAAGAACAUGGAGAACCAACUUGGUGAAAGGUGCUUGUGUUCUUUCAUGCACUUCAGUGGAUCAUGAUCAUGCUCCUCAGCUCGGUGUCAGAGUCAACGUGCUCAUGUCCAGAUACCUCAUUGAACCAUGCAGCUCUGGAAAGUCCAAGCUCACAUACUUAUGCAGAACUGAUUUAAGGGGCCAUAUGCCAGAGUGGUACAAUAAGGUUUUUGGGCACCUGUGUGCAGCUGAAGUUGUAAGGAUCAGAGACUCUUUUGUCAACCAACAAUCAGAAAGCAAAGAUGGAAAGUCCAGGUGACAUGCCAGGCUGCAGUAUAAGGUCUGAGAAAGUGGAAGUGAUCCUGAUGGCUAUUCAUCACGAGUCCUGGGAGACACAGGGGACCCCAGUUGUUGGACUUUGCAAGUUGUUUGGGCACUGACUGUAUCUUCAAUAUAAAGCUGCUUCCUGGCUCUAGUGGCUGCUCUAUUCCUUAGGAUCUCUCCUUGCACAACAAGCUGUAUGUUUUCUUGCAUACGGAUUCUCGCUGCUUCUGAGAAGCAAACUGACAGUUGGAAAUCUACGUUGCACAAACGUGUACAUUAAAAUCGCAUUCCCUUUUUGCAUGCCAUUAUAUCGUGGGACUGGUGUAUCCACUGGAAUAAUUGGUACUUCUACUUAUUGUUGUUGCUUUUAUUAUUAUUAUUAUUAUUAUUAUUAUUUUUUUUAGCAGAAAAGAAAGAUUUGCACAGAGAAAAUGUGUGAAUGUGUGUUGUGCUAAUGAAUGAAGUCAAUCGCGGUGUCUGGUACACUGAUAGACAGCUGUACUGGUUUUAAUCUCAGGUUCAUGUUGUUAUGUGUCAGACUUUGCUAAAGGCUCCAUCUUCGCUGGGAGGGAAAGGCAAAGCUACAGCGAUGGGAAUCUGCUGUCCUUCAGAUGCCGUUGAAGGAUAAGUUUCAGCUCUUCCUGAUCAGCCGGCGCUGGGAUGCGGAGAGUAAUAGUCCGACAGUAUCUGGGUGGCCUUCAGUUGUGCAAUCAGUGCAUUGGAACAGGUGACUUGUCAGAUCCAAAUGCUGCUAAAUUGUCACCAAAUGCAAAAUGUUUGUGUGAACAUUUGUUGCCUGCACCACGAGUGCUGUGUGUACUUGCAUUGUCAUUAUCUUAUUGCACUUGAAGAGCUCGUCACCCAUUGUCCAGAAGGGGCAAAGCACAUUGAUCUUUCCCCCCUGUUAAGUAUAUUCUACUGUUUCCUGAGCAUUUAUUCCUGCAGCAAAAUGAGCAGUUUCAACCCCCCCAAAUAAUACUUUGCGCUAUUUUACAUGCAACCAUCUCCUUAUGUUCAUAUCAUGGCCACAUGGAGAGGCCAUCUUUUUUGUUUUAUAUUUCCGUAUAUCCCAAUACAGGGGCCAUACUUAGACAUAUUUACCUUUUAUUUGUUUUUAUAUUUCAAAUCCCUUUUACAACAUACACAAAACAGAAUCCUGUUCUUGGUCGUUAUUUAGCUUUAUCUACUUCCUUCCUGUCCAUAAAAACAGCAGCCUAGUCCUGUUUUAUGAUUGAGAUUCCGGAAUCAGUCCUGUUAUAUGUUGCAAGUUACAUGGAUAGGUGUGGGUUCACACGCAAGAGCCGGACCCACUUAAAGCAGAGGCAACAAACCCAAAGAAUGCAAAAAUCAUAUACGUUUAGUUUAGGUCUAAAUGCUCUGUAAUAGAAGCUGCACUAAUCCUGGGUCCAAUUUUAAAUAGAAUAAGAACAAUAGCUCAUUAUGUGAG